CAGGCCUGGGUUGCCAUGGAUACCGUGUCCCUGGAGCAUCAGAUCCAGAGCGUGCAGCGCCACAUCAGCUUCCUGAAAAAAGAGCAGAUGGCCCUGCUGCGAGACCUGCACCUGGAGAUCCUGAGGCUGCAGAAGCGCUGCUCAGAACUGACCCAUGACCUGGAGAUGAGAGAGGCCCAGUCGCACCAGCAAGAGUUGGCGUCCCGGGAGCUGGAGAGCAAGUGCCGCGCGUUGGAGUCGCAGCUGGCCGAGCGAGCAGCGGCCAACGCGGAGCUGCGGCGGGAGGUGGCGCAGCGCGAGGCGCUGGUGUCGGCGCUGCGCUGCAGCCUGCGCGCGGAGGAGCGCCGCUUCCUGGAGGAGCUGCGUCGCCGCAGCCACCGAGCCACCGUGCUGAGCACGGAGCUGCAGAAGCACACCGAGGCGGCCGCCUACCUCUCCUGCCAGCUGCAUGCGGCGCGCCAGAAACUGCAGACUCCGCGCCCGGGGCCCGGCGCCGCCGCCGCCACCGCCACCGCCGAGCCCCGGAUCCGCCGGCGCGCACAGCGGGCCCGCCGCCAGCCCGCAGCCGAGGCCGCCACCAAGGGCCCGGGCCGGGACUGGGCGGCCUGGGAGCGUGCGGCCGGCGUCCCGGACGACCUCGAUGCCAUGCCCGACCCCGCGCUCUUCCUCUACGCCCGGAGGCCCCAGCGGCCCGGUGGCCGCAGCCCACGUCAGCCGCCUCCCCAGGAACCCCCGGACCAAGCCGGCUCUCCGGCCGCGCCCCGCCCACCCAGUGCGCCCGCGGACCCGGAGUAG